AUGCCACGAAAGUACGGCGUGAGACCCCGUCCAAUCAGCGGGCGCCGCCAUCUUGCUUCCGGGAUCCGGCUGCGCUCCUGGUUCUUCAUGAAGUUGGUGGCGGCGGCUUCGGUCCUGCGACGUCCCUGUGCCGGAGCUCCACGGGGACACGCGACAGCCCUUACAACCAUGCUACGCUUCACCGGGUUUGGAAGAGACGCAGUCCAGAGAGGAUCGGAGUGGACUCCAGGGAGGGCAGCGCGGCGUCCUCCAGUGAAGUUUCUUCCUCCAUCCCAGGGGUUGGUGUCAUUUGAGGAUGUGUCUGUGGACUUCUCAUGGGAGGAGUGGCAGGACCUUGAUGAUGCUCAGAGGAAGCUCUACAGGGACGUGAUGCUGGAGACCUACAACAGCCUGCUGUCUCUGGGUCAUUGCAUUAGCAAACCAGAAGUUAUCUUUAAAUUGGAGAAAAGAAUUGGGCCUUGGAUAGUAGAAGCCUCAAGCCAGAGCCUCCCAGGUAUUCAGAAUGUGAAUGCCCUGAAUGAUACCAUCCAGGACAGUCCAAACACAAACUUGUAUUAUCCUGUAACUAUUGACAGCAGCACUUUUGUUGAGGAGGGAGUUGAAUUAGGAAGAUUAUUCAGUGUGAACUCUGACCUUGUUUCAAGUCCAUCUGUGAAGAAUGGGAACUCCUCAGGAAUGCAGCCAGAGGUGCUGGGCACAUGGGAGACUGUACUUCUCUCUAGUGAGCCUGAUGCUGUCCAGGAUGCAGUGGAACUUGAUGGUGCUUAUGGAUCUGGGAAGGCCCCCAGACAGCUGUACCUCACUCUUAGUGUGUAUAAUAGGAUUCAAAGUAAGCAAAAGCAUGUCACAAAUCUUGAGCUCUCAGAAUGUCAGAGAACAAGUGUAGGAGAAAAGCCUUACAAUAGUAGUAAGGCAGAUGAGAAAUCCACUUCUCAGAAAUCAGAACUAGCUGUUCAUCAGAUAACACACAGAAGAGAGGAGUGUAAUAUUUGUGGUACUGUUUGCCAAAAAUCAAAUUGCAUUGUGUAUCAGAGAACUUGCACAAUUGAUAAUCCUCAUGAAUGCAGUGUUUCUGGAAAAAACCAUAGCAAGAAGUCAAAUUUCCUCCAACCUCAGAUACCUCACAGUGUUGAGAAGCCCUUUGGUGGUAAUUUAUGUGGAAAAAUAUUUACUGAGACAUCAAACUUAUGCGUACAUCAGAAUGGUCGUACAGUUGACAAGCCCUAUAGAUGUGAAGAAUGUAGGAAAUCCUUCAGUCGUAAGUCAGAUCUCAUUGUACAUCAGAGAAUUCACACAGGAGAGAAACCCUAUGAAUGUAAAGAAUGUAGGAAGUUAUUCCGUGUUAAGUCACAUCUCAUUGUACAUCAGAGAACUCACACUAAUGGAAAACCCUAUGAAUGUAAUGAAUGUAGAAAAACCUUCAGUCAAUUGUCAUAUCUCCAUAAUCAUCAGAGAAAUCACUCGGUUGAGAAACCCUAUAAGUGCAAUAUAUGUGACAAAUCCUUUUGUUGGAUGUCACAACUCCAGCAGCACCAGAGAGCUCACACAGGUGAGAAACCCUAUGAGUGUAAUGAAUGCAGUAAAACUUUCAGCAGAUUGUCAUACCUCCGUAAACAUCAAAGAAGUCACUCAGAAAGCAACCAACCAGAGGCAGCUGAUGGGAGGAAAGGGCGCUGGUCACCUCCGCCGGGGGCUCUGGGAGCAUCUCUUGCCUUGGGCCUAGUGUGUCCUGCUCACGGCCAUGGCCACCCUCAGGCCCUGCUCCACGGGACCCUCGUGAGCCUGAAGCUCUGCACUGAACUGGUCUGCGCAGCCUGGGUGAGUGGCGCCGUCUGCUCAGGCUUGCACACCAUCAACACCUCUCCCUGCCCUUCUGCGGACCCAAAGUGGUGGAGCACUUCUUCCGUGCCAGUCAUGAGACUGACCGGUGGUGAUCACCACCUCUACGAGGUGGUGGGCUUCGUGGUCAGCAGCUGCAUCGUCAUGAGCACCUUCACCCUCACCGUGCGUCCUAUGUUGGCAUCGUGUCCACCGUGGCUCGGAUGCCCUCCGCGGGCGGCAAGGUGGAAAGCCUUUCAGACCUGCUCCUCUCACCUGAUCACGGCCAUUGUGUUUUAUGGCACUGGAAGCUUCAUGUACCUGAGGCCCGCCUCCAGGUACUUCUCGGCCUAG